AUGCGCAGACGAAACGGAAAAGCGGUCUCAUGCGAGCCAUGUCGCAUCUCCAAGAUCCGAUGCGAUCAUGCAACUCCAAUUUGCGAGAAAUGCAAAUUGCGGGGUUUUGACGCCAAGUGUUAUUAUCAUCCAGCACCUUUGACUCGACAGAAGAGAAAGGAGAAAGAGUCAGUCACUGGUAACAGGAACAAUACAGAAGAGUCAGACAAAGAACGUACGACUGCCGGUUAUCUCGGUUCGACAAGUUUCACAUCUGUCUUUUCGACAGACUCGAAUCGGGAUAUCGCUCAUGCUGCACUGUUUCCAUCGACCAGAAACUUGCUGAAUGGGAAUAACCCGAGUAUCGAACAAAGUCUUGUUCAACUUGUCUGCUCUUCGAUCUCGCUAUGCGAAGAGCUGAUCCGGGGCUAUUAUUCACGGAGUUACUUUACCGUCAUUCCCUAUCCGCUUAUCUUUGAAACUGUUUCUCGUGCUCGACAAUAUCUACAGGAUAGCCAGAGCGACGAAAACCAUGCAGCCAUAGCAGCUAAAAUAACCCAAAACUCCAAAAAACCGUUCCAGAUAUCGCCGCAAACAACACUCGACGAAUUCUACAACCUCUUCACAGGUCACAGUCUACGAUGGGAAUUCAUCGGAGUCAUAUUCUCCCUAGGUGGCUUCGGUGCUCUCAUCAACCCAUCUCAUAUGAUAUCAAUAAACGGCGACAGAACAAAAGCCCACGCAUUCGCAGCUGAGAUGCACACGGCAAGCAGUGCCUGUCUUGAGAUUUGCGAACGACAGCCCUCCAUGAAUGAUAUCAUCAUCUGGUUGCGCAGCUCACAUAUGAUUCUCGCUACAGAUUUAAUGGGUGAUAUCAACCAUCCCUGUUACCGAUUAUUCGGAGGCCUAGUAUUCGACUGCUUUGCCAUGGGACUACACUCGCAGACUCGCUUUGAAUCCGAACUGCCAUUUUUUCUAUCUGAAACUCGGAAGCGGAUUUUUGCUGCUAUUUCGCGGAGGGAUAAGAAUCUUGCAACGGCAUUGGGGCGGCCACCUCUCAUACAUAGGAAUUAUUGUGAUAUUGUGCCUCCGUUGGAUCUUGAUGAUGAGGAUGUUUUGUUAUCUGGGUCUGAGUUGACUGCUGCGUUGAGCAAAUUGGAUGAUGAGGGAUGGAGUAAAAGGUCCAUUGAGGAUAGGAAGUUCUGGCCGGCUACUGUUAUAAGAAUGAGAUAUCAGACGAGUGUCUUCCGAGAGGAAGUACAAGUAAUCAACAACCGCCACACCACCUGGACAUCCAUCCCCCCUUUCUUCCACUACACUCCCACCCUCUGGACCCAACUCGAUCCCACCGCGACAAUGGUCAGCCUCACCAUCCACCUCGAAUACCUCCAAAGCGUCUUCCAACUGCACCGCAUCUCCCAAUCCCGCACGCACACCGACACCCCCGAUCUGCUCGUCACAUGCACCCAAAUGCUCUCCGCCGUGCUCGACCUCACCAAACAACUCGAAUACCGCGACCAGAUCCGCGAGCGAUACUCGUGGAUCUUCCUCGUGUACGGAUUCCCCAGCGCGGGUGUGCUCGUCAAUGAGUUGAGGGCGUGUACGUUUAGCAAUCGACCGCUGCCGGGUAUUUCCCGGGCGGAGGUUAUUCGGAAUUUGUCUGUUCUGGUGGGAUGGUUUGAGAAUGCGUCUGUGCCGGGGAGGGGGGAGUAUCAGGCGUGUGUGGAGGCGAGCAAGGUGGUUGGGGGGUUGUUGGAUGAGAUUUUGGAGUUUGAACCUACUGAAUUGGGAAAUUGGGAUAAUUCUGAUGUGUCUGUUCCAAUGAAUAGCGUCAGUUUUGAUGAGCUAGAGACGAGUGAGUUGUUUCUGGGCUUGCUGGACGGGUUGGAUUGGGAUAUUGCGCUUCCUGGGUGGGAUUUGGGAUUGGAUUCUACAUUCUGAUGAGACGAAGUUGAUUGAUUUAAACUGGUUUCGUAAUGGAUAUUGAUUAUGCGAAUAAGUCCAUAGACAAUCAUCUCCUGAAAUCCAUCCGAAUGAC